GCUUGUGUGUCUGAGCUUGGGAGAGAAAGCAGCCCGGCCAAGGCGGGUGGAAGGAGAGCGCGGCAGUACAGCGGAGAAAGACCGCGACGCGGCCGCUUCGCGGAGGGGAAGUUGUUUGGAAGGGCGGGGCCAAGUAUCAGUCAGUCAUGGCGGUCAUCACGGCCAAUGGGCGUCCUCUAACAGCGGAACACCCAAUGGAAAGCGACGCUCCGUGUGUCGCCAUGGUGACGGGGUUGUGGCCGAGGAGGCUGUGAUGAGUUGACAGGUGUGUGACAAUCGGAGCUCUCUGCAAGCAUGUACGCCAAAGGCAAGAGUAACCACGUACCGUCCGACAGCCAAGCCAGGGAAAAGUUAGCACUGUAUGUGUAUGAGUAUCUGCUUCAUGUGGGGGCUCAGAAAUCUGCACAGACCUUCCUGUCAGAGAUACGAUGGGAAAAGAAUAUCACAUUAGGGGAACCUCCAGGAUUUCUGCACUCUUGGUGGUGUGUAUUCUGGGAUUUGUACUGCGCCGCACCUGAAAGGAGGGAGACGUGUGAGCACUCCAGUGAAGCCAAGGCUUUCCAUGACUAUAGUGCAGCAGCGGCCCCCAGCCCUGUCCUAGGGAACAUCCCUCCUGGAGAUGGAAUGCCAGUUGGGCCUGUCCCGCCAGGAUUCUUCCAGGGCCCUCCAGCAUCACAGCUAUCAUCCCAUGCACAGUCAUCACCUCACAACCCCAGCUACCCUAUGAUUGGCAGACACACACAGCCUUUCAUGUCACCAAGAUAUCCUGGUGGCCCAAGACCCCCGCUCAGAAUACCUAAUCAGGCACUGGGUGGAGUCCCUGGAAACCAGCCUUUACUCCCCACUGGAAUGGAUCCCACAAGACAGCAAGGGCAUCCAAACCUGGGAGGGACAAUGCAGCGGAUGACUCCCCCCAGGGGGAUGGUUCCCCUUGGUCCUCAGAAUUAUGGUGGUGCAAUGAGGCCCCCUCUCAAUGCUUUGGGUGGUCCAGGAAUGCCUGGAAUGAACAUGGGUCCCGGAGGAGGCAGACCAUGGCCGAACCCUCCUAACACCAACUCAAUCCCUUACUCUUCAGCAUCUCCAGGGAGCUAUGUGGGUCCACCUGGGGCGGGAGGUCCACCAGGGACUCCCAUAAUGCCAAGCCCUGCAGACUCCACAAACUCCGGUGACAACAUGUACACAAUGAUCAGUGCAGUGCCACCAGGCGGAAACAGACCAAAUUUCCCAAUGGGUCCAGGGGCUGACGGUCCCAUGGGGGGUUUGCCAGGCAUGGAGCCACAUCACAUGAAUGGCUCACUAGGGUCUGCUGACAUGGACAGCAUAUCCAAGAGCUCCCCUGGGAACAUCAGCAUGAGCAAUCAGCCGGGUACGCCUCGCGAUGACAGUGAGAUGGGCGGGAACUUCCUCAACCCCUUCCAGAAUGAGAGCCAGUACUCUCCAAACAUGACCAUGAGUGUGUGACCAACCAGAAGGAUGGAUUCUGGCUCUGAGCACCCAAUGACGAGGAUUUUUUGCAGGCUCAUUGUUUCCGCCUUCAUCUUCUCUCUGGAAGAAAAUGGAUCCAGGCUUUUUUUUUCUUGAUUUGGUUUUUACCUCACUUCAGAGACUAAAAGACUGAAAUUUUCAAGAUUUGCAGACAGAAAAAAGAUAAAGAGCCUACAAUGUGUCUCUAUAUUUAUAUAUUUGUGUAUAUAUGUGGCUAUGUAAGCUUUAGUACAUAUGCAUGUAUAUACAAAUAAAGGAUCCUUUCCUGAUCAUCACAUGGACUUAGAGGUGGAACGCCAACAAGAGUGUAUUAAGAAUGGACUUUUCAGUUUUGUAUCGUGUUCUUUUUGUGUUUGCAUACUUCAAAGAUCUGGAUUUUUUUUGUUUUAUACACGUGUUCUCUUGUGCUGCAUAUACGGCUGAGGGGAGGAGAAUUUUAAUAAAACCAGUAUAAAAUGUCUGUGACAAAAUAGCAUAUGAACAAAAUUUUGUUGAAUAAUCCACUCAAAUAAUGAACUUGACAAAUGAAGCAAGUUAAAAGUACAAAGACUGGUAUGUUUACUGAAAAAAGUGGGCCAUCAAAAACCCAUUGGACAUAUGAAUUUUGUAUUUUUUAUUAUUGUUUUGGUUCUGUGUUGCACAUAUUGUGUUAAUAUAAAAUGAAAAGGAACGUAUGAUCUAUAUUUAGGAUUUUAACUUCUUUUAUGUUGCAACGUAUUGUACAGUGUGUACAGGAAGAAUUCAACCCCACCAUGGACUUUAUGUUCAUUGUUUUUAUAUGUUUUGAAAGUUUUAUGGUUUGUUGUAUAUAUUUGCUGUGAACCCAUUACCCUGCAGUCCUGUGGAGACCAUUGUAUUUGAUCUGAAAUCACAUGAAUCAAUUUUAAUAGACUAAACUCAGCAUAAUAUGUGAAA